AUAAACCUCACGCUGAAGUUAGAGAAGUCACUUUUGAGAAGCAGAGACACAGAGCAACUAACGCGUACUGGAACUGACCUGAACUAGCAAUGUACACCAGAUCAGACAGCCUGGCCUUCUCGCUACCGACAAACACUUUCUUCCAGCUGCAGUCGCAGUUUGAUUUCAGACCGAUGAUGCCGCGCAACACCGAGCCGGAGAUCUUCACCUUCGAGCGGAUCCCGGAGCCGCAGCAGCCGGCGUUCCCUCCCCGCGGAGCCGCGGUGCGCCCGCGCAAGAGGAACACCCGCGUCAUGUACCCCUCCAAAGUGCGCAAAUAUCUGCCCCCGGCCGAGAAGAGCCCCGCCAAGCGCUGGCUGCUCGUCCUGUGCCUGGUGGUCUUCAUGCAGAUCUACACGGAGGAGGGAUCCGUCGAGACCACGCAGAGUGAAGCAACUUUGUACAAUGUUCUCCCCUUCCAGCCUGCUGAGGAGCAAGCCAGACAAAUGAUGGGCAGCUGUCCUGAGGACUUCAGCCUGAUGUCUCAUCAGCAGCUCCGGUCUAGCAGCGAGGAGCAGAAGGAGAUCUCUUGGCUUCUGAACACUACAUGCCCGAGCUCAAGCUGGGAGGAGGACAUCAACACUCUCUACCAGCAGAGCAGGAGGAAUGGAUACGUGGUGGCCCUUCUCUACCCAGUGUACCAUAGACUUGGCACCGAGAACUGAAUGAACUCAGAAUCAAGUUUGUGGGCUAAUCAAGUUCACUGAACCUUCUUGUAGAAGAAAAACAGGCUCCCAAGUCGUGCAUGGAGAACGUGAUGAGUGGAGGACGAAGUGAUGGAAAACACAAGCUGAGGGAGACAUCCAAUGGACUUGAAUGGCGAAGAAACUUCAUAAUGGAAUGAAACUUGAACGGCUCAUUUAGAUAAUGUAGAAAAUGUUUCACUUGAAGUGUAGCCUCACAAAUAGACCUGUUGUACGUCUAAACUCAUGAGGGUGUCUCAAUGACCAUUUGUGUUGCUGAACGCAGCCGCUCGCAGAAAUACUUGAAUCUCACAUUGAAGAUUUUUAUGUUACAUGAAGAAAUAUUUGUUGUAGCUAUUUAUUUAAGGUUAUUUAUUUAUUGUUAUUUGCUUAUUUAUUUCCUACUCUCUUGUGAAAAUAAACUGACAUUUGCAUCUACAAUUCUUAUUUACUUUUUCAUUGUCUUCUUGUAAUAUUUGAAUGAGCUGUGGUCUCACAAACUUUGUUCAAAAUACUGUGAUUUCUCAGUGCCACAUCUAAAAGUACAAUACUCUAAUAUAUAUAUAAUUUAUUAUUUCAUGUGUUGUGCAUGCAUGAACACUUAUGCUGAUAUGGCUCUUUAAAAAAUGUGUUUGUGGAUUUGAUUGAAACAUUAGAACAGAAAUACUUUUUUGUUAGAGUUUAAGAGAUAAUCAUCAUACUAUUAACACUAGUAAUAAUUAUUAUGAGCAUUAUAAAGGUGAAAAUGUGUGAGGUACAAUAAUGUUCAUAUAAUGAAUAAAGUUGCAAUGAUCAUAA